AUACUUUUGGAGAAAAUUACACAGUUCUUUAAUUUAUUUUCAAGCAUAUAUAUGUAAUAAAAGGAAAAAAAGUUCUUUCCGAUGAGAUAUAUUGGUGACGGGUAAUGUUAACAACGUGGUCGAAUUUUCUCAAAAUAAUAAUAAAACAUAAUUCUUUUAUUUCUGUCAGACGAAACGUUGUUAAUAAUUUGAUUGUAAGACGAUUAUCGAAAAUGCCGGCAGAAAUUAAAAUUGGAACUCAUAAUGGUGUAUUUCAUUGCGACGAAGUUUUGGCCUGCUACAUGCUGAAAACAUUACCGGAAUACAAAAAUGCCUCGAUUAUUAGAUCACGAGAUCCGGAUGUAUUGAAAACAUGCGAUAUUGUAGUUGAUGUGGGAGGAGAAUACGAUCCUACCAAACAUCGUUAUGAUCAUCAUAUGAGAGAAUUCAACGAAACAGCGUCAAGUGUGAUUAAUAAAGAAGGAUAUAAUUGGACAAUAAGAUUAAGUAGCGCUGGUUUGAUUUACUGUCAUUUCGGACAUAGGAUAAUAAAGCAAAUUAUUCCCGAAGUUACCGAUGAAAAUGAUAUUGAGGAAAUUUUCAAAAAGGUCUACGACACUUUAAUUCAAGAAAUUGACGCCCUUGACAAUGGAGUUCCAAUGUUCGAUGCAGAGCCACUCUACCGAAUUCACACGCAUUUGGGCGCAAGAGUAAAGGGUUUGAAUCCUCCGUGGAAUAAAAAGAAUAUGGAUGUCGAGGAGCAAUUUCGCAAAGCAAUGGCUUUGGUUGGUGAGGAAUUUAACGAAUUUAUCACUUACGCUGCUCAAGUUUGGUUACCGGCGAAGAAUCUCGUUAAAGAAGCUCUUCUAAAUCGAUUCGAGGUGGAUCCUAGUGGAGAGAUUAUGGAAUUAAAGCAACCUUGCCCUUGGACGGAGCACAUGUUUGCUUUAGAAAAGGAAUUAAAAAUCGAUCCAAUUAUAAAAUAUGUUAUUUUUCAAGAUAAUUCGUAUAGAAUUCAAGCGGUUCCUCUCGAGAUGGGAAGUUUUGUGUGCAGAAUUUUCCUGCCGGAAGAAUGGGCCGGUUUAAGGGACGAGGAACUCUCUAAAGUGUCUGGAAUUGAAGGUGGAAUUUUCGUUCACGCCGCUCGUUUUAUUGGUGGCAACAAAACAAGAGACGGAGCAUUACAAAUGGCAAGGAAGGCACUAAAAAUCGGUAAAAUCUAAAAAUUUUUCAUGAAAGAGAAAAAAAGGGAGGAAAAAAAUCUAGCAAAAAAAUGGGACAUAAACAAAUCGUAAAUUAGUUAUUUAAUGUAAUAAUCAUUUAUUUAUCAUUACUGUAAAAAAAAACACACAUUAUACAUUAUUAUGGCAUUGUCAUUACAGCCGUAAUUUUCAAUUACGACACAGUUUAAAUGAUACUAAAUGUUUUAUAUUCUUUUUCAUAUAUAAAAAAUGUGAUUACAUUGAA